AUGGAGCACCGCGGCGCCUCCCCGCUCCUGCUCGCCCUCGCCCUCCUCAGCGCCCUCUGCUGGCGGGCGCGGGCGCUGCCCCCGCGCGGGGCUGCCUUCCCCGCCCUACCGCGAUUGGGAAACAGAAUGCCAUUUGAUGGAGCCAGUGAACCUGACCAUGCCCACGGGUCAUUAAAGUCUGAAUCAGACAUUUUGCAGAACACACUACCUGAAAAUGAGAAAUUCUAUUUUGAUCUGUCCAGAAUUAUCGAUAGAAAUGCAAGGCAAGCUGAUGGAAUUUUCACCAGUGUCUACAGCCAUCUUUUGGCUAAACUUGCUGUGAAGAGAUAUCUGCAUUCGCUUAUUAGAAAACGAGUUAGCUCCCAGGACAGUCCUGUAAAACGCCACUCUGAUGCUGUCUUCACUGACAACUACAGCCGCUUUCGAAAGCAAAUGGCUGUGAAGAAAUACUUAAACUCAGUUUUAACUGGAAAAAGAAGCCAGGAAGAGCUAAACCCUGCUAAACUUCGAGAUGAAGCAGAACUUCUUGAACCUUCCUUUUCAGAAAACUAUGAUUCUGUAGAUGAGCUGCUGAGCCACCUCCCACUGGACCUCUGAAGGACACCUGGUAGAGUCUAUGAGAAGAACAAGUUAUUUUUGAGUUCCACAUAGUAUUUCAAAGAGAUGACUUUAGUCAUCAAACCAGAACAAAUAUGUUGUGAAGUGAAAGUUGUGAUAUAUUUGUUUCUUAUGUAAUAAAAGUUGAUAUUUACAUUGUAAAUAUUACUCUAGAGUUCUCUACUGAAAGCUGUACAUAUGGAUGCCGGUUUAACUCAUGACAAGUCUGUGAGUCCAUAUGCUGUAAAUCCUUUACUUCAAUAAAUUCAUUUGAAAAUGA